AUGGGCAACUUCCAUUUGUUUCUGCUUUGUAUUCUUGCCUUAAAUUUUGUUCUUGAUUCUGUACUCAAGAGUGUUGCCUUUCAAAGUGAUGAUACAACAACUACACAAAUCAGCAACCAUUUCAAUGUUGUUGAAGUCAGCUCUUUGCUGCCAACCUCUACAUGCAACCCUUCUUCUAAACAAGAUUUCUUAUUUGGUUUGAACUAUGUAGUGUCAUCGGAAGAAGAGGAGGAGUCUUUGGAACUAGUCCACAACUAUGGACCCUGCUCCCCAAAGAACCAUGGAAAAGCAAAUGCUCCAUCUAUGCUUGAAAUCCUUGACAGAGACCAAAAAAGAGCGAGCUUGAUGGUGUCGAGGCAGCGCUAUGGAAAGAACCAGGUUCAACUCAGAUGGCAAGAUAGCACAUAUGUUAUAAAUGUGGGGAUAGGAACACCUAAAAGGAUGUUCACAUUCAACAUUGACACAGGGUACACACAAUGCGUUUCCUCAUCAUGCACCUAUCUGGGAGCUUACUUAGACGGAUCUUUGAUCUUCGGAUACAUGGCUAAAGAAACAUUAUUUGUUGGCUCCAAAACCUUCAAGGGGAUCAUGUUUGGGUGCAACGAAGUCACCUUUAAUGCCACCCUUGACAAGACUGAUGGCAUAAUUGGGCUUGGCCAAGGAUUCUUAUCCUUUGUAGAACAAACUUCCAAUACAUAUAACAAAGUGUUUUCAUAUUGUCUCCCCUCAAAUCCAAACCGUGUUGGUUUUCUCAGAUUUGGUAAGACUAAACAAGUUUCGAAAUCCUUAAAGUUCACAAAGCUAGGAAGAGAUAAUGCCAUUGAACUCACUGGGAUAAAAGUUGGUAGCACCACUAUUCCCAUAACUGUUAAGAAGGAUACUGCAUUCAUUGAUUCUGGUACUGUCAUUACAAGGUUACCUUCCAAGGAUUACAUUAAGUUGCGAGAAGCAUAUCGAAAAGCCAUGACUGGUUAUAGCUUCGUGGGAGCAAUUUCUGUUGCCGAUACAUGUUACAACGUUGGCGAUCACAAGAAGCUUAAACUUCCGAAAAUGAGCUUCUUGUUUGAAGAUGGACUUGUUUUGAAUAUACCACCCAGUGGAGUAGUUAUACCUUACAACUCCACUGUUGUUUGUUUCCCAUUUGCAGCAACUCCAGAAACUCCCGGAGGCGAAGAUUUUGUACUUCUUGGAAACUACCAGCAGAAAACACUAGAGGUAGUGUAUGAUGUUGCAGGAGGAAAACUUGGGUUUGGCCAUGGUGGUUGCAAAUAG